AUGCAGUUUUAUUUCCAGCAUCCAGAUCGGAUAGGUGAGUUAAAUCAUACACUUAUUGUUCUAGUUCCCAAAGUUGAAAGACCUUGUUUGAUGAAGCAAUACAGGCCAAUAGCCCUUUGUAAUUCUGUGUACAAGGGACUUAGCAAAUUUCUUGCUAACAAAAUUAAACCUCUUCUUGCGGAGCUUGUAUCUCCAAAUCAGUUUAUCAGAGCAGUGUUGGAAGAUUUGAAGUUACCAGGGGAUAUGGUAGGAGCUAUAAUGGGUUGUGUGACUAGUCAUGUCUUAGAGGUUCUUUGGAAUGCAGUUAGAAACCUUAACUUUCAAUCUCAGAGGGGAAUUAGACAAGGGGAUCCAAUAUCCCCUUAUCUUUUUGUUCUCUGUAUGGAGAAGUUAACCCAUUUAAUCAUGGAUGAAGUGGAGGUGAAGAACUGGCAACCAAUUAGAGCAGGCAAAUCUGAACCUCCCAUCUCCCAUCUUAUGUUUGCUGAUGACAUCAUUCUCUUCGCUGAAGCUUCUCUAAGCCAAUUAAAUUGUAUUGCUCACUUCCUGCAAAAGUUCUCAAAGAUGUCUGGACAAUGUGAGGUUGUGAAGUCCAUUAUUGAUGUUAGUGGGUUCAAAAAGGUUAAUAACCUUGGCAGUUAUUUGGGAUCUCUGAUGAGACAUGGUAGAAUAAGAAAGGAUCACUAUGCUGAUAACAAUACUCUUCCUGUUCAUGUUUGCCAAGAUAUUGAAAAGCUGCAAAGAAACUUUACUUGGGGAGACCUAGAUUCUAAAAGAAGAGCUCAUGACGUAGCCUGGGAGCAUCUAUGUCAGCCAAUGGAUUGUGGUGGUCUUGGCAUUAUCAACCUCAGGAUACAAAAUGAAGCUUUUAUGCAGAAGCUGGCUUGGCAACUUAUCAAAGACCAGAAUAGUCUUUGGGCUCAGGUACUACUAGGCAAGUAUGGUAGGAACCAUGAUCCUAACCGUAGCUUGAUAGCAAAACUGAGUGAUUCUACAUUGUGGAAGAAUAUUUGUAUAGCUAGAACUAAGUUGUCCCAGCAUCUAGAGUGGGUGGUUGAGAAUGGAAAAACAGCUUGUUUCUGGACAGACUACUGGGGAGAUUGGCAAAGCACUCUGCUUGAACUUGCUUCAGUCAAACCUCCUAUAUCUGACCUAGUUCUCAAAGUUUGUGAUGUAGUUGAUCCAAGCACAAAUGGUUGGAAUUGGAAUUAUCUGGAAAAAUACUUUGAUGCUUUUAUUUGCAGCAAGCUGAGCAAAUAUUCCUCCCCUAUUCUCAGCAACUCAGAUGACUGGCUCAAUUGGAAGAAGAGUAUUCCAGGUAAAUCUAUUGUGAAGAAUGCUUACUGCUAA